AACCCAGAAAGGCCAAAGCAAAGCAGAAAAGCCGCAGAGCAACCGAAAAAAAUCACCGCAAUGGAGUUGGAAGUAGAUGACAAAGACCUUAAAGCCGCCGGCGCCGAGAUUUUAACCGACGGCCACCAUGGACUACGCAUCCACGGCUGGGAAAUCGUAUCCUACAAGGGCUCCAUUCUCAAGUCCUCCUCUGUGAUCACAUGGGAAGAGAAGCUAGAAACUUCUCAUUUACCAGAGAUGGUUUUUGGAGAAAGUUCUUUGGUGCUUAAACAUGUAAUUAGUGGUGCCAAAAUUCAUUUUAAUGCAUUUGAUGCCCUGACUGGCUGGAAAAAAGAGGCUUUACCGCCGGUUGAAGUUCCUGCUGCUGCACAAUGGAAAUUUAGAAGCAAACCAUUCCAACAGGUGAUAUUGGAUUAUGAUUAUACAUUCACGACGCCUUAUUGUGGUUCUGAAACAAUUGGAUUAGAUAUGGAGAAGAAAGACAGUGGGGAAAUUUUGGAGGCUACCUGCAGCCCCUGUUGGGAAGACUGUGAAGAGCAAAUUGAUGUGGUUGCACUUGCAUCAAAAGAACCUAUUCUUUUCUAUGAUGAGGUAGUUUUGUAUGAAGAUGAACUGGCUGAUAAUGGGGUUUCACUUUUAACUGUAAAAGUGAGAGUCAUGCCAAGUUGUUGGUUUCUUCUUUUGCGCUUCUGGCUUAGAGUUGAUGGAGUGUUAAUGAGAUUAAGGGAUACUCGUAUGCAUUGUGCUUUUAGUGAUAGUGCAAAUCCUGUCAUUCUUCGAGAAAGCUGCUGGAGAGAAGCCACCUUUCAAGCUCUGGCUGCCAAAGGAUAUCCUACUGAUGCUGCUUCAUAUAGUGAUCCAAGCAUCAUCAGCCAAAAGCUUCCUGUCAUCAUGCAUAAGACUCAAAAGCUUGUGGUCCACAGUAACUUGUAAGGCUGUAAAUUGUCUGUGCAUGAAGAUUUGAAUUGUUUACUAUGUUGAGGUCAUAUAGAAAUCAAAUCCUUUCUGGUGGAUUCAUUUCUCCUAGUGGGUUUUUAAGUCACUCUUGUUACAUCAACAAGCUAUCUUAUGGAUUUAUUUGUGGAAAGAGGAAAAAAAAAACAAUAUCCUCUGGAUAAACAAAGAUAUUAGUUUAAGAUAUUCUCUGUA